AGCACUCCCCAGUCCCCCCAAUGAAUUCACCGUGAAAAAAGAAGUUAUUUUUCCUCAACUUUCUAUGUGAUACGUACGUUUAAUAGCGUUAUCUAAAAAUACGAAAAAAAAUAAAAUACGGCAAUCUCCCGCUAUCUUGGACGUGGGGGUUGUGGAGAAUCAGAAUGGAGAGCAGCAGGGUGGGAAUGGGAAUGGGAAUGAGGAUGGUAAUAGGGAUGGGGAUGGUAAUCCCGGUGGCGAGCGGGCCAUACGCCCGCAGAUUCAGUUUCCUAACAACAUUCACACGCUCUUGUCUAAGCAAAAGGUCUUUCUUGUUGAGGCCAAAGCUUAAGCCAAGCCCAUCAAUUAUUAUACCACAUGCGCGCAGUAAGAAUUCUAUAGAUGUGGAUGACUUAUCAGUGUUCCGUUUUACUCUGGGAAUAGUGGGAUUUGACGAGUCUUACCUACCGAGAAUCAUUGGAAUCCUUUUUGGUUUUCUUUUGGUGUUAAAUCACGUUUCCACUCAGACUUCAGUCACCGCAGCGCAACUUAGAUCAGAAUUCGUGGGCAUUUUUCUAGUUGCCAUUAGUAUCAGCAUUCCAUAUGUCGGGAAACGCCUCAAAGGCACGAAUGUAGCAAGACAAACAAUUCUUCCUGUAAAUUGCAGGGAAGUGUUUCUGAUUGCAGAAUGUCUGUCUGAUGUUGAUAAAGAGGAUCUAGCUUGGGGGUCUUAUGCUUUGCUUCGGAACACUCUUUCAAUGUCUUUGCUCAUUUAUCAUUCUGAACCAUUAUGUGCGCGUGGCUGCUGGGAUAUGCCAGCAGAAGCAUCAAAAGAUGAUAUAUUUACUAUGUUGGAGCAUGAGAUUGAUCAAUUGGGCUUGUCACAUGUGACAGAAACUCUUUAUUUCCCAAACUAUGUGGAUAGACAAGGUUUGGGAAGAGUAACCAAAGGAGCAGCUUCUUUGCUUGUGCAACCCUUUAAUUGGAGGGUUUCAUCAAAUGAUAACACAGUACACUCUGGAGGAUUUAUUCUUUUAUUUUCCAGUGUACCUCAAGCAUAUGGAGAUAAAGACAGAGCAUGGGUUGCUGCACUUGCAAAUAAGUUAAAAAAUAUUGAGUGCAUGAUGGAAAAGUAAAUUUUGUCCAUUAAGCUGACCUGUUUUGCAACUCAUGUUCUUGCUAUUUGGCGUUUGACUCUUUGGCAGAGGAUUGGGGAGUAGGUUGAAUGCAAAAAUUCAGCCAACAAUGGCAUGUACAUCUAUCACUAAUUAUGAUUAAAUGUUGAGGGGUUCACUGAUCAAUCCUUACAAAACCUUUUUUUGGCCAAACUUUCAGACAAUAACAUAUCCUCAUAAUGGAUUAAAUAUUGUCCCAUGAAUAAUGUAGCAUUAUUUUGAAUCAGAAGCUAUUAUGUGCAGUCUCUUGUGACUGCCAUCUAGUCUGGGCUUUGUUUAGACUUGCUUUACUUUUGGGGUAUGAUUGGUAGAAAAUAAUUCUUAAAAGAAAAUCCAUUACUGGAACAAAGUAAAACAGAAGAAAACAGCAUUCAUGAAUCCUAUGUGGAUAUCAUAUUUCAAGGGAAAUAAUGACACCGCUGUAUAGCUUAUGUACACUGCCUGGUGUGCAAACUAGAAUGAAGUCUUAACUAUGCUUAA